CGACGCGGGCGAAGAUCAAUUAAAUUAAUAAAAAAGGAAAAUUAAAAACGUAAAAAAGGAAAUCUACGAUAUGAACUUCGGUUUCACAGAUCCUUCAGAAUCCUUGCUAGUUAAGGAACAUUCAAAGUGAUUGAGUCUGAUCGAGAAUAGCACCAUGUCGAUGCUCGAUUCCUUCUUCACCAAGGGCUUCAAAGGCUCCAAAUGCAAAACCCUUCUGAAGUUGACAAUUCCCCGCAUAAAGUUGCUAAGAAACAGAAGAGAGAUCCAGUUAAAGCAGAUGCGCCGUGACAUUGCUAAACUACUUGAGACUGGCCAAGAAGCUACUGCUCGCAUUAGGGUUGAGCAUAUUAUCCGAGAGGAAAAUAUGAUGGCUGCUCAAGAGAUCAUUGAACUUUUUUGUGAGCUUAUUGCUGUCCGCCUUCCGAUAAUUGAAUCUCAGAGAGAAUGUCCUCUAGAUUUAAAGGAAGCAAUAUCUAGUAUAUGUUUUGCUGCGCCAAGAUGUGCCGACCUGCCAGAGUUGUUACAGGUUCAAAUGUCAUUUGCUGCCAAAUAUGGGAAGGAAUUUGUGUCAGCAGCAACUGAGCUCAUGCCAGAUUGUGGUGUUAAUCGUCAGUUAAUAGAGCUGCUGUCAAUUCGUGCUCCUUCACCAGAAAAGAAACUGACACUUCUAAAAGAAAUUGCUGUUGAGCAUGACGUAGACUGGGAUCCAACUGCUUCAGAAGCUGAGUUCUUAAAGAAACAUGAAGACUUACUGAAUGGCCCAGCACAAUUCUUUAGUGGAUCUAAAGUGCCCCUUCCUGAUGAAAAACACAACGAAGCAUUGUAUUCUGCUCCUGAUCAACUUAACAGAGAAGAACCUGAUUCUGAUUCUGGUUCUGACACAUUAGAAUUUCCUGAAGUUCCUAAAGUAUCGGUGAGAUCAAGUGUGAAUGUUGCCACUGCUCCAGAAAUGGUUGCAUCCUCUCCAUCUAUUCCACCCCGUGAAGCUGGGCUUCACUCAUCAAGCAGUUAUGGAGGUUCUUCAGAUAUGAAGUCAGAACAUGUAGAAGAAAAAUCAGUGGCUGAUAAAGGUGAGCCCCAUGACUUACCUGGUAAUAUGGAAAAGAAACAGUUUGUGCCUUUCAUCUCCCCUCCAAUAUCGUCUGGAUCAUUUUCUGCGAGGCAUAGCGAUUCACCGCCCUCCCUUUCAAAGACCAAAACUGAGGCUGAUGUUGACUUGAAUGAUGUGUUGGUUGCUGCUCACACCGCUGCUGAAACUGCUGAACGUGCUGCAGCUGCAGCUCGCUCAGCCGCUACUCUUGCACAAAUUCGCAUUAAUGAGCUUACCAAGAAAAGUAGUGCGGACAGUAGUUCUGAGAACCCAUUUUAUACAGGUAAUGAUAUAAACAAGUCUGGAACAACAGAAACUGGGAAUUUUACUGAGCAAAUAGCUGCAGAUGUAUACAACGAUAAUGGCGCAAGUAAUUAUGAGCCCCACUAUCUUCACACUGCCACCCCUGGCUCUGAUUCAUCGACAUUUACUUCAUUUGACACACUAAAGCCAGAUUUUGAUUCUUCUCUGCCCAGUGAAUAUGUACCAGAAGACAAAACAUCUGGCCACCGGCCUAAGAGAUUACCUUCAAUGGAUGAGGACCCAUAUUUCUCGUACCCCAACUUAUUUUCCUCACAAAACUCAAAUGCUGGAUCUCAUGCUCAAUCAGAUACUACCAGAUCCCAUCAUGAUCUGUGACAGUUUCUUGAUAUGUCUUGAGAUCUUGCUUGUGAAUGAGUUUCAACAGUGUUGUAGAAUUGUAGUUUAGCUUUUGUUGUGCAUGCAGUUUCUGGGUUUAUAAUAUAUUUCCUCAUCCUGCAUACCAUCGCUUCCUUUGCAUUCAGUGAAAAUUUUGAAUUUCUGUUAUUAUGAAGCCAUCCUGUUGGUGCUGAAUUUGUUGAUGGUGAUUGAGUGACAAUAAUGUAAAAAUUCUUGUGUUGGGAAUAAAGGUUUUCCACUUGCGUUGUGUUUCUCUUUA